GUGGCAGUUGGUGGCUGUAGGUUGUACUAGGUUAUGUUUUAGUUUCGAUGAGUUUUGUUUUGGAAGUAUUAUUAAUAAAAACAAAAUAUCUGAAUGUUCUGAUACAGAACGGUAAUUAAACAUGAAACGAAUAAAACUUAAGCCAAAGAAACCCAAUCCAUUGUUUGAGCUUUGGUUGGAAGAAUGGAGGAAAGAGGCUGCAUCGAAAAGAUCCGAUUUACAAUAUCCUCUUUCGAAAGCAUUAGCUUCUUUAAAAAAAUAUCCCUUGCCAUUAAAAUCUGGCAAAGACUGUAUAAUAUUGCAACAUUUUGGCAAAAAAUUGUGCUUGAUGUUAGAUAGAAAACUUGAAGAGUAUAAAGCUCUGAAUGAAGGAUCUAUAGAUCCUGAAGAUAUUGUUUGUUUACAUUGCGAUUACAAUGAGGAACGUGCGUCUAACAAAAAGCAUAAAUCACCAGAAAUUACAAAGAAUAUUCAAAGGACAGAACUGGCAGUAUUUGAAGAAUUAGAUUUAUCAUCAUGGAAUCUGCAAAAGUAUGCCAUUGUAUUGAUUUUAUAUAAGAAAGCACAAAAAUCUGGUUCUCCAGGGUUUAUGAAUGAGGUAGAAUUGCUAGAUGAAGUAGAAGAAUUGUGUGAUCAUCGAUCAAAAGUUUCAAUUACAGAUUUAUUUGAUAUUGGUUUAAUUUCCAUGAGAGGUGCACCAAUUAGGUAUAACCUUACAGAACAUGGAGUAAAUAUUGCAAAGAAGAUAUGUGAAAUCACUGAUAUUGAUGUAAAUUUAAUUAAUUCUUCUGAUUUAAAGAAAAUUCAAACAUGUUCAAAAUUAUUGUUUACACAGAAAUUAAAUAAAAAUACAGAAAGUCCUAAUGACAGAGAUAUAAAUAUAGAAACAGCUGAAGUAUGCUAUGAAAAUACACAGCACAGUUUAAGUAAAUUUCCACAAAUUUGUAAAUCUCCAACUGUAGAAUUUGUUGAUGAUGAAAGAAAUACUGAACAACCUGACAAGAGUCCUGUAAAACAGAAAUCUAAGGAAAAUAAUACUGACAUAAGGAAACCACAAAAAAAAUCAAAAGAGGUUGAAAGUUGUAUAAAAAAUCAUACUGAUAAUCUUCAAAGAAAUAUCUAUUUAGAAUCAAAUAAAUUUGAUAUAAUACUACUAGUUGAUACACAAGAAACUUGUGGUGUUAAAACAAAAUCACAACAUGACGCUACAAAACGGGAAUUAUCAGAACUUAAUACAUUGUAUGAGGUACGUCAUUUAAAAGUUGGCGACUUUGCAUGGAUUGCCAGAUGUAGAACCACAAAAAAUGAAUUGGUUCUACCUUAUAUAGUAGAAAGGAAGAGAAUAGACGACUUGUGUGCAAGUAUUACAGAUGGAAGGUUUCAUGAACAAAAGUUUCGAUUGAAGCAAUCUGGUAUUGAAAAUCUUAUGUAUAUAAUUGAAGAGUAUGAUAAAGGUCAAAGAUUAACAAUACCACAUUCAGCACUGAUGCAAGCUUCUAUUAAUACUCUAAUACAAGACGGAUUUUCGGUGAAAUAUACAAAAACCCAUAAAGAUUCUAUGUUUUAUUUGUCAUCAUUAACAAGAAUUUUAAAUAAAGUUUUUAAAAACAAAAAUUUGGAAAGCUGCAAAAAGGAAGCUCUUACGCAAAUCGAUAUUUCGAAUGAUACUAUCAGUCUUAUGGAAUUUAAAGAGUUUAAUAAAGCAGCAUCUAAGCAGAAGAUGUUUAAAGUAAGCGAAAUGUUCAUUCGUCAACUAUUACAAUUAAAAGGAAUAUCUAUAGACAAAGCUUUUGCAAUUGUCGAAUGUUAUCCAACUCCACGAACGUUAUUUGAUGCUGUACAAGAAUCCGAUUGCAACGCGGAGUCCUUAUUAUCGAGUAUCCAAUUUGGAAGUAAGAAACGUUUGAUUGGUGCAGGAAUUAGUAAAACACUUUAUCAAUUAUACACAAUGAAAAAUCUAAAUUGAUAAAUAAUAUUUUACGUGAGCAUGAGUAAUAAAUUAUUAUCAUUCGAAUUUAUACUAAAGUUUAUUAAAAUUAAUUAUAUUUAUACAUAUAAUUAUGAAUUUUAUAUCAUGAAGAUGUUUAAUAAAACAAUAAAAUUUA